UAAUAAAGAUGAUGCAAGUGAGCUACGGGAAAAAAACCCUAAAAAAUAAGAGGGGGCUUUGAAAUUCACUACUUUAAAAUUGCAACUUGUUGCCUUCUACUUUCCUCUGCUUCAACGACUCAUCUCUCUCUCUCUCUCUCUCUCUAGAUCAAAGGUAGGGAAAAAAAUGAAGACUACAAUGUUGAGAUCGAUCCAAUCAUCUCUCACCAGGGCCAACAAUUCCGCGUCGUCACCAUCGACUCACAGCCUCCUCCGCCGCGGCUACUCAUCGGAAUCGGCCCCCGAGCGUAAAGUCGCCGUCUUGGGCGCCGCCGGCGGCAUCGGCCAGCCGCUCGCACUCCUCAUGAAGCUCAACCCCCUCGUCUCCCACCUCUCCCUCUACGACAUCGCCGGCACCCCUGGAGUCGCCGCCGACGUCAGCCACAUCAACACCAGAUCUGAGGUUGUAGGGUUCAUGGGUGAAGAACAGCUAGGGAAGGCUUUGGAGGGAUCUGACAUUGUCAUAAUUCCGGCUGGUGUGCCAAGAAAACCUGGCAUGACUCGAGAUGAUCUCUUUAACAUCAAUGCAGGAAUUGUCAAAUCUCUGUGCACUGCAAUUGCUAAGUAUUGCCCAAAUGCACUUGUUAACAUGAUUAGCAACCCUGUUAAUUCAACUGUCCCGAUUGCUGCUGAAAUCUUCAAGAAAGCAGGCACAUAUGAUGAAAAGAAGCUUUUUGGUGUAACCACACUUGAUGUGGUUAGGGCUAAGACUUUCUAUGCUGGAAAGGCAAGAGUUCCAGUUGAGGGGGUUAAUGUACCCGUCGUUGGUGGCCAUGCUGGUAUUACCAUUCUCCCAUUGUUUUCACAGGCCACACCGAAAGCCAAUAACCUGUCUGGUGAAGAUCUUAUGGCUCUAACAAAACGAACACAAGAUGGAGGGACAGAAGUUGUGGAAGCAAAAGCUGGGAAGGGUUCAGCAACCCUCUCCAUGGCGUAUGCUGGAGCUAUUUUUGCUGAUGCUUGCUUGAAGGGUCUAAAUGGCGUUCCAGAUGUUGUAGAAUGUUCAUUCGUGCAGUCAAGCAUCACAGAACUGCCUUUCUUUGCUUCUAAGGUGAGGCUUGGGAAGAAUGGCGUCGAGGAAGUUCUAGGCUUGGGCCCUCUUUCAGACUUUGAAAAACAAGGAUUGGAAAGCCUCAUACCAGAGCUCAAAUCCUCUAUUGAGAAGGGGAUCGCAUUUGCCAACAAGAGUUAAUGCUGAAUUGCAUUUGGGAUGUACAUCCCUGUGCUGCAAACCAAACAAAUUUUGCACUUUUUGUUCACCUUAGUGUUGUAUCCAUCAGAGAUUUUGUUGCUGCCAGAGGAAUUGCUGUUCUGACUUCCGAGAAGAGUAGGCUGAAUUUAUACAUUGGUUUUUUUUUUUUUUCUUUUCGUUCAAACGGAAAUUCGAAUUUAGACAUUGUUAUUUUCCCAAUAAUACCCAUUGAGAUGCAAUGGAAAAAUAACUCGAAUUUAGACAUUGUUAUUUUCCCAAUAAUACCCAUUGAGAUGCAAUGGAAAAAUAACAUUACA